AUGGACGACAACUGUAUGGUUAUGCGUGCGCAUUUUAUUGCUGUGGAACUUGCUGGGAGACUUAACACCACCUAUAGGCGCCUACUUGUAGAGAUAUGGAACGACAUCUGCCCCGAUCGACCGACAUAUGCGCAGUUACUCUCCAAUAGGGUACGAUGGAUUCUGGCUAACCAAAAACUAUCUCGCGCUGAACUAGAGUACAUCAAGAAAGGCUGUUUUCCAAGUAUUAUGCUCGAAGAGACUGAAGAUCCACCAGAAACAGGCCGAAGAAAAUCGUCUUAUGGAAUAAGAAAAAGUGGCCUUUUUGUUGGAGAGCAAGAGGAUGGCGUGAUUGAGCGCUCUUUUGAGGGGAACCUGAUGAGGUUUUCGGGAGUGGCAGCAGAGAGCAAGCCUGAGAUCCCACGGCUGAAAUACUCUAAGAUGGCCUACGAACUGGUGAGGAAAGUUGACUCUGUUCUCCCAAAACACCUGACGAGUGUGACGACGCUUGAGGAGCUGGUGGAGGUUGUUUAUGCGGGUGCUGUGACGGUCUGUGAAACGCUGGGGCAACGGAUUGGUCACCAGCGGGAUACACCGAGAACUCCCAUGAUCCCCCCUUGGAAGUUACGCCUGGAACAAAAAAUUACAUCUUUGAGAAAGAAGAUAGGGAUUAUUCAUACUUACCUUAACUCUGGGGCACCAAAUACUAAAGUAGUUAAAGCUGUUAGAAAGGUAGCAUCUGGAGCCCGUAUCAAACGUAGGGACCCAUCUUUCAACGAAAAAAUAGCUAUUGUUUCCGAUCAACUAAAACAAAAAAUUAAGGCAUUAGGGAACCGUAUUAGACGGUAUAAUGAAAGAGUAAAGCGCUACAAAAAUAACAACCUGUUUUUCAAAAAUCAAAAACAAUUCUUCCGUACUCUGGAGGGCGAGGAUGCAGUGGACGCUGAUCAAUUAAGACCCCAGGAUGCCCAUGGUUUCUGGUCUGGAGUGUGGUCUCAGCAAGGAGUGCAUGACGAGAGGGCGUACUGGAUGGAGGAAGCAGAGUCAAUUAUCCCCAAUACAACGAUGGAUGAUAUAAAGGUACAACAAUUAGAUAUAGUAGAGAUACUUAAGAGCUGUAACAACUGGUCAUCUCCAGGUUCAGACAAAAUCCACAACUAUUGGUGGAAAUACUUCACUAAUGUUCAUGAAAAACUUGCACUGCUUCUACAGGAGACCUUGAACAACCCCUCUCUAGUGCCUAAGUUCUUCACGCUAGGAGUCACAUACCUCAUUCCGAAGGGUGGCGAUAGAAAAGACCCUAAAAAUUACCGACCCAUUACAUGUCUACCAUCGGUUUAUAAAAUACUUACGGGCGUCCUCACGAAAAAUAUUAACAAGCACCUAAGAGAGCACAAUCUGAUGACUGAAGAGCAAGGAGGCUGCCGAGCCAGGACAAAAGGCUGCAAGGAGCUUCUGGUCAUGGACCACAUCAUCACCAAACAAGCGCGAAAAAAGCUUAGAAACAUAUCCGUGGCCUGGGUGGAUUAUAGGAAGGCUUUUGAUUCCGUUCCCCACACGUGGCUAUUGAAGGUCCUGGAGAUGCAUGGAAUAUCUAAAAAGGUAAUUGAGCUGAUGAGACACCUUAUGAAGAACUAG